AUGCACCAAUGGCGCGCUAUGCUCGAGAGUAAUGAACCACCGGGUCUUAUCUCAAAGGCUGCCAUCGUCCCGGAGUGGCCCCGCUGGUUCAAUAGACGAUGGGGAAAGGUACACUUUCACAUGACGCAGCUUUUGUCCGGUCAUGGCUGCUUCAGUCAUUUCCUAUGGAAAAUUGGUAAAUCGGCCGAUCCGACCUGUCAUCAUUGCGGUGCCGCGGAGGAUACGUCGGAGCACACUCUUGUGCACUGCCCAGCCUGGACGGGGGAGCGCGAGGAACUCCUAAGUGAUCUUGGGGUUGACGAUGACUUUACGCUGCAAAUAGUCGUGGCGGCUGCUCUGGAGACGAAAGAGAAAUGGAAAGCAUUUUCCAAAUUCUCUUCCAGAGUUAUGCUUGCAAAAGAAGACGCAGAGAGGGCUCGGGAGAUGAACGAUCGGGAUCCGGCGGCCCUCAACGAUGUAGUUGACACUGCAGACUAG